UUGUGUCACAUGACUGGGUAUCAGCUGAUCUUAUUUGCCCUACUGCUUGACUGUGAGGAUCACGACAGAGAAAUAGCAUUUCAAAUAAGAUCAAUCUGUUUCGCGAUAUAGCAUCUCUGAAUAUCAGGAUAUCAUACUUUUGGACCCAUUAGGAUUAGUUUACUGUAGGUAAUCCGAAGAAAAGAUGUCGAGUAAAGACCGUAUCGAUGUUUUCCCAUCGAGAAUGGCUCAGACCAUCAUGAAGGCCCGACUGAAAGGAGCCCAAACCGGCAGGAACCUGCUCAAGAAAAAGGCCGAUGCCCUCGCCAUGCGCUUUAGACAGAUCCUUAGGAAAAUUAUUGAGACUAAGACUUUGAUGGGAGAGGUCAUGAGAGAGGCUGCCUUCUCCUUAGCAGAGGCCAAAUUUGCUGCUGGGGAUUUCAGCACUACAGUCAUUCAGAAUGUCAAUAAAGCCCAGGUGAAGGUUCGAGCAAAGAAGGACAAUGUUGCCGGUGUAACCCUCCCAGUGUUUGAGCAUUACCAGGAAGGAGGAGACAGCUAUGAGCUGACCGGUCUGGCCAGGGGAGGAGAGCAGCUGUCUCGUCUGAAGAGGAACUAUGCCAAAGCUGUGGAGCUGCUUGUAGAGUUGGCCUCCCUGCAGACAUCAUUUGUCACACUGGAUGAAGCCAUUAAGAUCACCAACCGCCGUGUCAAUGCCAUUGAGCAUGUGAUCAUUCCCAGGAUUGAGCGCACCCUGACCUACAUCGUCACUGAGCUGGAUGAGAGGGAACGAGAGGAGUUCUACAGGCUGAAAAAGAUCCAGGAGAAGAAGAAGCAACAGCGUGAGAGAACGGAGAAGGAGAUCGCCGCACGGCUAGCAAAGCUGGGGCCCGUCGCAGAGCCUUCUAACAUGCUGACCGACGAGGCCGAUGAGGACAUGCUCUUUGAGUAGCCCUCUGUUGUUUGGCUAGAAGCCCCCCACAGUCAUCCUCGCUUUCUGACAGGGCUUAAGCUUAAGUCCUAUGGUCUUAUUUAUUUCUGUGCCUCCGAGGCCAAACAGAAAACGUGUUGUGUAAAAAACAAAAAGAAUCAAAAAUGAGAAAAAGUAUUUUCUCUUUUCAUGUUGUGUGUAAAUUCAAGUCUGUGAUGUUUGUUUUCUUUAAUUGUUUUGCUGUAUUGUUUACAGUGUGCAUUUUGGGGGAGUGGAGUGGGAUGAACUGAGUUUCCAUGUUGGUCACAGUAGCACUUGCCGUUGCUACCUACAGCACUCCCACCUAUUGAGACACAAUAGCUAUCCAAGAAAGCAUACUACAUUUAUCGUUCUCAAAUAUCUGUAUAAAUAUACCUGUGUUAAAUCGUUAAAGGGAAUGGUUCAGACGGGAACUACCAGGGUAGAAACAUUCCAUGCAAAUACUUGUGUCUACUUUAUAUUGCUGGGCUCACCAUUUUGGCUACUGCUACAAACACAGACAACAUUGCAUGUUAUUUCACUGUGUAGUAAAGUGGUGUAAUUGAUGUAGUACUGUUAGAACGGCAGGCCAUUGGUUCAAAUCACUUGUCCCUCGGUUCUCUCGGGUCCAUGAUUGGAGAACAGUUGAUGUUUGACCUCUCACCCUGCCAUGGUAUCUGAAGUGUCUCCACCCCCAUCCCCUGUGAGGAGAGGUAUUGACAAUAAAACUGGGAUCAGACAACA